UGAAGAAAUUUACACGAGUGAAAAAUGUGACUCAGUGACUAACAAAAGGUCGAAAAUUAUACCAAUUCUUAUAUUUUUCAUUGCAUCAUUUUAUUCCAUUUUAAUAUACAAAUCAACUCAUUGACUCUCAACCAUUGGCACUCAUGGCGACCGAAACAUCUGGCUUAACGGCUGAUCAGAUUGAUCGAUAUCUACAAUAUAUCGAUAUCCCACAGCGCUUCCGCACCGAUCAGAAACCAGCACUAGAUACCGAGUUCCUGACAGCACUACACGUCCAUCACAUUGCUGCAUUUCCUUACGAGAACCUGUCACUACACUACACAAAGACGGUGGACAUCAGUCUCGACGUGCAGGACCUGUAUCGGAAAUUCCUACGUAAUGGACGCGGUGGGUACUGCAUGGAAUCGAGCGUCUUGUUCUACCACACUCUUCGCGCAUUAGGGUUUCGUGCCUACUUGACUGGAGCGCGAAUUCGUUUCAGGAAAGAUGGGGUUCCCCAAGGCCCUUAUUCAGGAUGGUGCCAUCUCGUUUGUAUUAUCACUUUACCGGACGGCAGUCGCUAUUCGUGCGAUGUCUGUUUCGGCGGUGAUGGCCCAACAAGGCCCCUGCCGCUGAUCAGUGGCCAAGUCACGUCUAAUCUCGGAUCGCAACAAGUCCGUCUCGUGCAUGAAUGCAUCCCUGACUACCUAACCGAGCCACAAAGACUAUGGGUGUAUCAAUACCGCAACUGCAUCGAUCGUCCGUGGAAUUCGUUUUAUGCUUUCGGGGAGAACGAGUGGCUACCCCGCGAUUUUGAGCCUAUUAACCAUUGGGUUAGUACCCAUUCCGGGAGCUUUCAGACUUAUACCAUGUUGGUAGUCCGGUUCUUGCGGCGUCAGGGUAGUAGCGAGAUUUAUGGAAAGGUGAUGCUUGUCAAUGGCGAUGUCAAGCAGAACUUGGGCGGUAAGACGUCUCUUCUAGCAUCGUGUGAAACCGAGGAAGAGCGUGUAAAAGCCCUGAAAGAACACUUCGAUAUCACUUUGACAGAGGGGGAAAGGGAGGGGAUUGAGGGGAGGAUUACGGCGUUGCCAUAAAAGGCCAGUGGCUAUUGUUUCGAUGUUGUGGUGAUGGAUGUAUCAAUUGAUGGUUCCAGGCAGCCACCACCUAUAUCAAUUGAUCGUCCCACGUACAUAAUUAGACUAGAUCAUCAAUCAUUAUUGACGCAAGACUGCAUGUGCCGUUGCCCUUCCGAGGAUCCGAAAGGCUAAGCCUAGGCAUCAAGGCCGUUGACAGAGAGUGCGUAAUAUGGAUGAAACACCUGAAACUACGAGGGAGG